GAGCCGGUUGACAGUGGACAAAUAAACACCAACCAUUAAGACCUUCGACCAGCAGGCAGCUCGGUGUUCUACUAGAGGUCUGAAGGACUGCUGAAGUCUACUGCCCGGAAGUCUGUUGAGGUCUACUGCCCGGAGGUCUGCUGAAGUCUACUGCCCAGAAGUCUACUGCCCGGACCCCGGACGUCUGCUGAGGUCUACUACCCGAAGGUCCGCAGCUCGGAGGUCCACCGCCCGAAGACUCAGUGUCCGCCAUGUCGGGGCCCUUUCACAUCAACACCCCACUGGUGGAGAGCGUGGGCAUGUCCAGACGGCUGGGGACCACUGUCUACCUGAAGAUGGAGAGCUCACAGCCCUCUGGCUCCUUCAAGAUCCGUGGCAUCGGUCACCUCUGCCAGCAGAUGGAAAUGCAAUCCAAAGGAAUCGUGUGUUCUUCAGGUGGCAAUGCAGGUAUGGCUGCAGCUCAUGUUGCCAGAAAAAUGGGUCUGCCGGCCACCAUCGUAGUUCCCUCUUCUUCUCCACCCCUUGUUGUCCAGAAGCUACAGGAUCAGGGAGCCACUGUGAAGAUAACAGGAGAGAUUCUUUAUCUCCAGGUUUGGGAUGAGGCCAACACUGAGGCACUCAGACUAACGGAGACGGAAGGACUGACCUAUGUCCCUCCCUUUGACCACCCGCUGCUAUGGGAGGGCCAUUCCACUGUGAUUACAGAGAUUGCGGCCUCCAUGGGACAAAAGCAGAAGCCUGGGGCUGUGGUUGUGUCUGUUGGGGGAGGAGGCCUCCUCUGUGGGGUCGCCCAGGGCCUCAGAGGCGUAGGCUGGGAGGAUGUACCUAUCGUUACUAUGGAGACGGUGGGAGCAGACUGUUUCAAUGCUGCAGUGAAGGCCGGGACCAUCGUCACGCUGGAGGCCAUCACAAGUGAGGCUAAAUGUCUCGGAGCAAAGACGGUUUGCAGAAAGGCGUUCCAGUACAGCCAGUCCACUGAGCAGGCCAUCAUAUCUGAACUGGUGACAGACCAGCAAGCUCUCCAUGCGGUUGAAACAUUCCUUGAUGAGGAGCGUGUGUUGGUGGAGCUAGCGUGUGGAGCGGCAUUAGCAGCGGUCUACAGCGGAGUCAUUCAGCGCCUACAGGAUGAAGGUCGUCUGCCCAGGCCUCUGGGUUAUCUGGUGGUGAUCGUGUGCGGUGGCAGCAGCAUCAACAGGGAGCAACUGGCCAACCUCCAAAAGAAGAUCCCUCGGCCGACCUGAAGGCUUGUGUUGUAGUGGCCAAGAUUAUUCUUGGGUGUGUUGUCAUCAUAAUUUUAGUUUUGUGUCCAAAUCAUCACCCGAAAAUAAUAAACAGUCACAUUUCCUAACGGUAA